AUGUCUGCGUUCGGUGUGGACGUUGGCUCUCUGGGGAGUGGGACAUUAGAAGGUGCAGAACCGCACGAUCUCGAUCGCGGGACAUCAACGACCGCUGCUCAGAUGCCGAGUGCACUGAAAGCGAAGUGA